UCGAGCGCGGAGAACCUCUUUGACACGACCCGAAGCACUUCGACAACCACCCCAUCGACCUUGCCGCUCACCGGGACUUUCACAAUGAAGUUCAUGAAAGUGGGCCGUGUGGCCAUCAUCACCCGUGGCCGUUAUGCCGGUAAGAAGGUCGUCAUUGUCCAGCCUAACGACACUGGCUCCAAGGCGCACCCCUUCCCCUUCGCCGUCGUCGCCGGUAUCGAGCGUUACCCCUCGAAGAUCACCCGCCGCAUGGGAAAGAAGACUGUCGAGAAGCGCAGCUCCAUCAAGCCUUUCAUCAAGGUUGUCAACUACAACCACUUGAUGCCUACCCGUUACACUCUCGAGCUCGAGGGUCUCAAGGGUGCCGUCUCCAACGACACCUUCAAGGAGGUCUCUCAGCGUGAGGACUCCAAGAAGACCAUCAAGAAGGCCCUUGAGGACAGAUACACCAGCGGCAAGAACAGAUGGUUCUUCACUCCUCUGCGUUUCUAAACGGGGUAUAAUGGGGGCGUUUUUGUCGUUUGAGCGCGCAAGGUUCUAG